AAUUCAGCACCGCAGUGAGGUCUCAUCUUCCAUGCCAACGUGCUUCAAGUCCAUCACAUAAAUGAUCCUUAUACAUAGCGAUACUUACACUUUCUCAAAUCGAUACACAUAUAUCUAUAGAGAGAGGAAUUAGAAGAAGAAGAGGAAGAAGAAGACAACAGUGAUAUGGGUAGGAAGAAGAUUCUGGUUCUGCUUAGCUACGUCGUCAUCUUGCUCCUCGCCGGCGGCGGUGGAACCGCAGUGGUCUCAGGUUGUCCGGCUUCAGACAGAGCGGCACUGCUAGCUUUCCGGUCCGCUCUCCAUGAGCCGUACAUCGGAGUUUUCAACACGUGGAAAGGCUCAGAUUGCUGCCAUGGAUGGUACGGAGUCAGCUGCGACCCGGUAUCCCACCGGGUAGCCGACAUAACUCUCCGGGGAGAAUCCGAAGAUCCAAUCUUCCAACGAGCUCGCCGGACCGGUUUCAUGACCGGAACCAUAUCGCCGGCUAUUUGCAAGCUGACCCGUCUCUCCGGCAUCAUACUCGCCGACUGGAAAGGGAUCUCCGGCGAGAUUCCCAGCUGCGUGGCGAAUCUCCCUUUCUUAAGAAUCCUCGAUGUCGUUGGUAACAGAAUCUACGGCCCGAUUCCGGAGAGGAUCGGACAGUUGCAGAGGUUGUCGGUGCUGAACCUCGCCGACAACCAGAUCUCGGGUCGGAUCCCGGAAUCACUCACGAGAUUAUCGGGUCUGAUGCACUUAGAUAUAAGAAACAACAAAAUCUCGGGAGAAAUCCCGCGGGAUAUCGGCCUCUUGAAGAUGCUAUCUCGUGCUCUUCUCGCCGGAAACAAAAUCUCGGGUCAGAUACCCGAAUCCGUGACACGAAUUUACCGUCUCGCGGAUCUGGAUCUCUCUACGAACAGUCUCUCCGGCGAAAUCCCGGCGUCUCUGGGCAAAAUGGCGGUGCUCGGAACCCUAAACCUCGACGGAAACCAAUUCUCCGGCGAGAUUCCGGCGAGUCUGAUGACGUCAUCGGUGUCGAAUCUGAAUCUGAGCAGGAAUCUUCUCACCGGGAAAAUCCCGAACGUGUUCGGGCCGAGAUCGUACUUCACGGUGUUGGAUCUGUCGUAUAAUGGCCUCCGGGGAGAGAUUCCGACGAGUUUGACGGCGGCAUCGUACGUCGGACACUUGGAUCUGAGCCAUAACCAUUUAUGCGGGAAGAUUCCGGCGGGACCCCCGUUCGAACGUCUGGAAGCGGCGUCGUUUCAGUACAAUGAUUGUCUCUGCGGGAAGCCGUUGAAGGCUUGUGGGAAAUAAAUUAUUUAAAAAACUAUUAAAUUUUACUUUUUUAUAUUUGUAUUUUUAUAUAUUAUCAUGUAACUAGCCGUUGAGAUCAUCGGGAAAGCCGAGAUUUAUCGUGUUAUGUUUUUGUUUUCUUCUAUAUAUUGGUUUGGAUAAA